AUGGUGUCCAAGCACCAUGGCAUGCCCAGCGACUUUGUGUCGGCUCCGCGCUGCAUGGCGCGUUUCUGGCAAGAAGUGUUCCCACUUCUUGGAACGCAAUUCUCCAUGUCGAAUGCGGAUCAUCCGCAGGCGGACGGGCAAACCGAGUGCGUGAACCGCGUGCUCGUUGACUUGCUGAAGAGCUAUGCCCAGUCGUUCCCCAACUGGAGUGAUUACUUGCCGAUGACCGAGUUUUCCAGCAACAGCGCGGUGCAUGCCUCGACAGGGCAUACACCGUUCUUCGUGAACGCCAUGCGGCAUCCACGCGAGCACGCUCGGGGCGGUGGCUUCCUCCUUAACUGCGAUGACACGUGCGAGAGCGAGAGCCCGCACACGACAAGGCGACGUGUCACUGUGAAAAACCACGAGCAGGCGACACCUGCUUCGACCAAGGACACCAUAUCUGUGCGGGGCACAGACACCUCGAAGACUCACGCACAGGCCGGGCCUGUUGCACGAACAAGUGAUGUAUCGAUGGCGGGAAUCGAUACUGAGAAGUACCACGCACAGGCUGGGCCUGUUGCGAUCACACACGUAGUGUCAUUGCCGGGCCCUGACAUCUCAAAGAGCCACACACAGUCGGGGACUGAUGCGAACACAAGUGGCGGGUCUGGCACAAACGCGGACAAGGUCAAUGAGCUAGACCCGGGGUUCAGCUCUCAAGCAAUGGACUUUGUCAAGGAACGACAAGCAGUCGUUCGAUUUGUACACGAUGCAAUUGCAGCUUCUGCGGAUAGGCAGAAGCUGAACGCAAACAAUGUGGGCGGGGUAACACAAAUGAAUUCAAAGUUGUUUCAUUGGUUUUGUUAUCUACUCAAAACCUGCGUAUACAUGCAGUUACCGGAUUCGGAGCAAGAAAGCUUGCUCCGCGCUUCAUUGGGUCGUUCCCGGUGGCAGAACGGCACGGGAGUGCAUACACGUUGGAAUUUCCUUCCGACAUGA